CCGCAGGCGCGUUGUGCGCCCUGGGCUCAGUAUGUGGCGCGUUGGUCGCCAGCUGUGUGUGCAAGCUGCAGGAGGCAUCCGGCUCUCCGGACUUUGGAACAGGCCUGCCGCCUUCAUGUCCACUCUGCUCAUCAAUCAGCCCCAGUAUGCCUGGCUCAAGGAGCUGGAGCUCCGCGAGGAGAACGAGGGCGUGUAUAAUGGAAGCUGGGGCGGCCGGGGAGAGGUUAUCACGACCUAUUGUCCAGCUAACAAUGAGCCAAUAGCAAGAGUCCGACAGGCCAGUGUGGCCGACUAUGAAGAGACCGUAAAGAAAGCACAAGAAGCAUGGAGAAUCUGGGCGGAUGUUCCUGCUCCAAAGCGAGGAGAAGUAGUGAGACAGAUUGGUGAUGCCCUGCGGGAGAAGAUCCAAGUACUAGGAAGCUUGGUGUCUUUGGAGAUGGGGAAGAUCUUAGUGGAAGGUGUGGGAGAAGUCCAGGAGUACGUGGAUAUUUGUGAUUAUGCUGUUGGCUUGUCACGGAUGAUUGGGGGACCCAUCUUGCCUUCGGAAAGACCUGGCCAUGCACUCAUUGAACAGUGGAAUCCUGUAGGUCUGGUUGGAAUCAUCACUGCGUUCAACUUCCCUGUGGCAGUGUAUGGCUGGAACAAUGCCAUUGCAAUGAUCUGUGGGAAUGUCUGCCUUUGGAAAGGAGCUCCAACAACUUCCCUCAUUAGUGUGGCUGUUACAAAGAUAAUAGCCAAGGUUCUGGAGGACAACAAGCUGCCUGGUGCGAUUUGUUCCUUGACUUGUGGUGGAGCAGAUCUUGGCACAGCAAUGGCCAAAGAUGAGCGAGUGAACCUGCUGUCCUUCACUGGGAGCACUCAGGUGGGAAAACAGGUGGCCCUUAUGGUGCAGGAGAGGUUUGGGAGAAGUUUGUUAGAGCUUGGAGGAAACAAUGCCAUUAUUGCUUUUGAGGAUGCAGACCUCAGUUUAGUUGUUCCAUCAGCUCUCUUUGCGGCCGUGGGGACAGCUGGCCAGAGGUGUACCACCGCAAGGCGCCUGUUUUUACAUGAAAGCAUCCACGACGAAGUUGUAAAUAGACUCAAAAAGGCCUAUGCACAGGUUCGCGUCGGGAACCCCUGGGACUCUAAUGUGCUCUAUGGGCCACUCCAUACCAAGCAGGCAGUGAGCAUGUUUCUUGGAGCAGUGGAAGAAGCAAAGAAAGAAGGUGGCACCGUGGUCUAUGGUGGCAAGGUUAUGGAUCGCCCUGGAAAUUACGUAGAACCGACGAUUGUGACAGGUCUUGCCCACAACGCGUCCAUUGCACACACAGAGACUUUUGCUCCGAUUCUUUAUGUCUUUAAAUUCAAGAAUGAAGAAGAGGUCUUUGCAUGGAAUAAUGAAGUAAAACAGGGGCUUUCAAGUAGCAUCUUCACCAAGGAUUUGGGCAGAAUCUUCCGCUGGCUUGGACCGAAAGGAUCAGACUGCGGCAUUGUAAACGUCAAUAUUCCAACGAGCGGGGCUGAGAUUGGAGGUGCAUUUGGAGGAGAAAAGCACACUGGUGGUGGCAGGGAGUCCGGUAGCGAUGCCUGGAAGCAAUACAUGCGAAGAUCUACUUGUACCAUCAACUACAGUAAGGACCUUCCUCUGGCUCAAGGAAUCAAGUUUCAGUAAAGGUGACAGUAAACUGAUGACUUCAAUCUUUUAGCCGUUCUUGCAGCUCGUGCUUCUGAAGAAGACACAGUUAAGAUUUGCCCUCAAUAAAUGCAUCAUUUUGAAUAUGACAGUGGCUAAUCCUUUAGCUCCCGAGGCCCUGAUUAAAUCAAGAGACUCAUUUUUUUUUUUAAAACUAAAAUUGUCACAACAUAGCCAUAUUUAGUAAAAGAUUAGAUGGACUUUUAUGUCAUUUGUAGUUCUUGAUUUUUUAAAAGUUUAUGAUGAUGAUUAUAAUUUAGAAAAAAUAGUACAUGCCAUAGUAGGAUUUUGCAAAACACAGAACAGAAUGGAGAAGACAGUAGAUGCAGGAUCACCUCCUGAGGAAGUCCAGAAUUCUGCAGCGAGUAUUCAUUCCCGUGACCCUCCUCUAGCGUGUAUCGGAAAGGGUGUGAUUGCAAGGGAGUUGUACCCCUUACGUGUAGAGGACCGGAGCACGACAUCCGUGUGGAGUGACUCGCUCUGUUUAAGAUAACUAAGGGUAUUCAUCACCAUUACACCUUCUCUUACUCAUGAUGGCUUUUGUCACCAUGGAAGAGAUUUGCUGGGUGGACAUAUGUUUCGCUCCUGCCCCAGAGCCUGCACCUGCCAAGGAUGCCAAGUGCGCCUGCGCAUAAUUCUGUUGAAAGCACAUCUGGAUUUCUUAGGCAACCUUAGACCAUUUUCUUUUCUUUUCUUUCUUUUUUUUUUUUUAAAGAUUGGCACCUGGGCUGACAACUGUUGCCAAUCUUUUUUUUUUUUUUCCUGCUUUAACUCCCCAAACCCCCCCGUACACAGUUGUAUAUCUUAGUUGCAGGUCCUUCUAGUUGUGGGUUUUACCAUUUUCUUUAGCUGUUAGGCUUCUGCAGUUGCCCUUGGAUUUGUUUGUGGGGAAUAGCCAGUAUGUGUGUGGCCGCGUGUAUUAGCGGUGAACUGGGGAAAGUGCACUGUCUUUGCUGAGACUCUGCCUCCUUCUCUUGAGAAGCUAUGCAGGAGCUUUAGGAAGUAGUUCUGCCUGGGGCUUCUGUGGAGCCCACACUGGCUCCUGCAGUUCUCUUGUCUUCCUGGCAGUCUGCACUCCCACACUGGGUAGCAGCCGCCACUCCCUUGACUCCUGCCAGCUGGGCCCCGGGCAGAAGCCUUUUGAAGAAGGUGACAUUUGUAGAUGACCUGAUGCACUAGGAUGUGUGGAGAGAUUGGACGACUGGCAAAGAGUAUGGGAUUGACUUAGGACACAGAAAUAAGCAAAUGAGAAAACUAAGCGAUUGUAAAUUUAUCAGGGAAGGAAAGGCAUUCCCGAUAGCUCCACCGCCCACCUAAGUAUGCCGUUGUCAACCCUGAAUAUAAAUCAAGGCAAAUACCGACAAUGUGCCUAUUUGAGAGCAUGUUGGCAGAAAGAAGGGGCGGGUAGGUCAGAAGGCAGAUUGCUCUUCACGGUCUGUAGCGGAAAAUCAGGAAUGCUGAAAUCACAAAAGCAAGAAAUAGGAACAGAGGCUUGUGAAGAUGGGGAGGUAAAUUCUGAAAAAGCAUCGCCUCAAGGGAAGGCAGAUUGGUGGGCACGGGGACAGGAGGGAUUGCUCUUUUUCAUAACAAGCUUUGAGAGAUUGGACUCUCUAAAUCAAGAGAAUGUAUAAUUCUGAUAAAAAUUAAAGGCAGCAGAAAUGACCAUGAUGUUGAAGAAUCAGAUGCUUGGAGUCCUGCAUUUCCAGCCUCCUCUCCUCCACCCCCCUCCCCAGCACACACGUGCACACUUGUCUGCUCCCCAUUAUUGACCUAGAGGCCCUCUAAGUAUCUCAUGAAACGAUCCUACCAAAAGCCAAAAUUUGCUCCCUAUUUGAAAGUUCAAAAUAGACUAGAUUAGAUUGUAUUUGAGAUACAUAUACUUUUUAAAAUAGGUGGUUGCUUAAGAGAAUCAUGCAAUUUGGGCAUUAACUUUAAAAGUCUUGCUAUGGUUUUUCUUUUUAGGUCACAGUCUUAUUUAGUGACUAUAAUACUGUCUGAGGAAAGUAAAGCACAGUUUAAAACAUUUUUAGGAGUCAUGUAAUAAUAGGCCAUUUCCAUUUUGUGAAAUUGUGCAAGAUUGUUUUUUGAUUGAAAUAUUUUCUUAUAUCCUGUUUUUUUCCAGCAUAUUAUUUUGAAACAAAUGUUCAAAAAUACAGGCUGUAUCAGUGUUUAAUUUUAAAAUUAUUACAUUUAUAUUUUCUCUCCAAUUAGAUAUUUAAGGAGGCUCUCCAUCUCCCUAUUGUCUGUCUGCUAAAGCCAUGACGUUGUGGCCAAUUUGGAAUAAUAGUUUCUAGUAUGCUGGUUAGAGGGGUGACCAGCAGCUCUAAUAUUAGGUAUAGAGUUGCGUAAAACUGAGUCUGAAAGCUUUUUUUUGAAACUAAUUCAUAAUUUUUCUAUAAUUUCUAGCAACAACAAAAUUGUAACCUUUUUUUGUCAUAACAUUUAAUAAAAAUUUUGCCUUUAAA